AUGGCGGCCGCAACAUCCUUCCGGAAUGUUGCGCAGCCAUCUAAAUGCUGGGGGAGGAUCGUGGAAGCUGAAACAAACUGCGUGACAGUGUGCCAAAGGAUGGCUGGGCCCCUCCUUUCCAGCUGUCCACUUCGAUUAUUGGCCAUGGGACUGCUAGCAGUGACUUUUUGUACUGGCUCUACGGAAAGUGAGAAACAUGGAAGCAGAAGGAGCCAGCAGAAGAAAUCCCAGUGGAAUGAAACAGGCAGCCUGCCCUUGUUUUCAUCCAAUGACCUGGAAACUCCUACAGGAAAGAUAAGCAGCAACGAUUCCCUGCUUGCCUGGAUGCUCCUUAAUGGGGUGAACAGCAAAAACAAGAGCAAAUUCAAACCCACAAAGUUAAAGUUUGGCAUUCCAGGCCCACGAGGGCCUGCUGGUCCACCAGGGCCUGCUGGCCCACCAGGACUUCCUGGAACCAUAAUCACUCAGGAGAAGCUGCUGAGGGAAUUCCGAUUGCUGCUUAAAGGAAUAAUCGGGCAGCGGGAACAGAAUAAUCUGAAAGCCUGUGAAAACUGCCAGGAAGAAGAUAGGGCUCAAGAAGAUAACUUCCUUGUCCAGAUUAGGGGGCCAUUGCUAGAAAGCAGGGAGCAAGGUAGAGUGGAGGCAGCAUUCCACUGCCAGACCCAGAAGAACAUUUCGGUUGGACGACGAUCAAUGCAAGAGAUUCAAUUCUAUUACAUACCUAAAAAAGAGGAGAUGUUCCACCGUGGCUUAGGGCUAAACCUUAGCAAUGGUCAAUACAAAGCACCACUCAGCGGAUACUACAUCUUCACUGCAACACUGCACAUUGUUCUUAAGGACCAUCCAAAGAAGAAGCAGUCCCGUGCCAGAGAUCGUCUGCGUUUGCUGAUCUGUGUCCAGUCACUCUGCCGCCGCAACACUUCUCUGGAAACAGUAAGCGGUUUGGACAGAAACAGUGAACGUUUCACUAUUUCAGUCAAUGGAAUUCUCUUCCUACAGGCUGGCCAGUAUGCCUCGGUAUUUGUAGACAAUGCAACAGGAUCCUCCUUCACUGUCCGAAGAGGGUCAGACUUCAGAGCUGUCCACUUGGGCAACUGACUGACCUACAGCUGCCUAUUGUUAUGCAGAAACCCUGCCUUUCAUCAGCUCUAAGCUAAGCUUGUCCCAUUAAUGAAAUGCAUGGAAUUGGAAACACUAGUAGGAGGCACAAUUCCUGUUUGUGCAAUGCAAGCAAACCCAUGUUGCUGCUCACUGGGGAUCGGAUUCAGGAAAACUGACACAGCAAAUGGUAACGCUGAGCAAAAGAAUACUGAACAGAAUUAUAAAAGGCAGUGAUACAGGGUUGAUGUGGUUAACCUAGAAAUCCCUCCACUACUAAGUAUUUGCAGUUUGAUGCUUCAGCUUCACAAUCUAUUUUCAAUGGUGGUUCUCAAACCUAGUUUAUUUUUAGAAGUAUAGCUGCAGCAUAGGCUUUUCAAAAGAUUAUACUUUUAGAAGACAUUUUACUAUCUUACUGAUCCACAGUAUUCUGCUAAGGACAAUACACACAGAGAGAUUUCCCUAUUGCAUGGGAUUCUCCACCUAUCUGGUCACUUCCUAACCCAGAAAUGGAAUUCCCUUGUUCUGUGCUGUAUGGUACCAGCCAUCUUUAACUUCCAAAUAACACUGGAAAAGUUAUUUGUGAUUUGCCUGUUGCCAUGUCUGGAUCAGCUUUUAUUGGGUUGCUUAUAAAGUCCACUGCUAGCCCACUCAUCUCUGUUACCUUAAAGUCCAUCAGACUAUGUUGUUUUGGUGGCAGAAAGUCCCAUAAAGAGAGGCAGAAUGUACUUUGUCAUUCAUUUUGAACCUGAUUAAGAGUUUCAGUGCUUGCUAAUAAAAUUAUGUGCUCAAACAUCCACUGGUGACAUGACAGAGGAAGAGAAGGAUACUUCCCUUUCUUAGUAAUGGGUUAUAUUUUCUCUGUGGCUGCUGUAACUGCAGCACGAUAUCCAAGAAAUCUAACACAGCACAGCACCACCCUCUACUACUACAGCCAGCCUGGCACGUAGGCAGGCAUUUGACCUGUUCUUGUAUUUUGUACUUUUUAAAAUUUCCAACGAGAUGGAGGGGAACACCCCCUUAUCUCUUUUAGCCUGUGAAGAUACUUAAGUAACAGGUCUCCCCAGCUGCUCUAUUAUACAUAAUCACUCUCUACAAGCCAUCGUUAAAAAACUUUCAGUAAAAUACCCUGUGGAACGUUGAUACAAGUGGGAAUUCCAGUACAGCACCAGCACCAAAUCAGCAUGAACAAUAUUUGUUUCUAGAGCCUUGGUGCUUGUUACACAUGCAGUUUAUCAUAUACUGUAGAGCCAACUCAAGAUAUUCAGAAAAUUCAUGUAACAUUGCAGUCCAGGGACUGAGCCACUACAGAAUGCACAGAGGGGACUUACAUGUUUAAAUCCUCCCUGCUGUGGAAAAACCACCUGCAUAUGGUAAGUCUAUUUACACCAGUUGCUGGAGAACAUGGGCAGGAAGGUGCUGCUGUAUCUGUAUCCUACUUCUGGGUUCCUGGUUGCCCACUGUAUGAACAAAAUGCUGGACGAGAUGGACCUUUUGUCUGAUCCAGCAUGGCUCUUAGGUGCAGAUAAAAAGCUAUCAUGCCACAAAAACAAAAGGCUAUAUGCCAGGAUUUCUUUUUAAUAUAGAGGAACGUUCUUGUGGCAUCAGUUUCUGCAGCUGAAACUCUCCCCAUGGCCUGAGUUCGAUCCCAGCAGAAGCUGGUUUCAGGCAGCUGGCUCGGGUCGACUCGGCCUUCCAUCCUCCCGAGGUCGGUAAAAUGAGUACUAGUUAGCUGGGAGAAAGGUAAUAACGGUCGGGGAAGGCAACGGCAAACCACCCCGCUAUAAGGCCUGCCAAGAAAACGUUAGCGAAAGCUGGUGGCCCUCCAAGAGUCAGUAAUGACUCAGUGCUUGCACGAGAGGUUCCUUUCCUUCUAAUGUUCAAGCUUUUCUCCAUUAUUCUUUGCAACAUAAGGAACAAGGUAAGACAGCUUUUCCAAAAGCCAGAAUUCAUGCAUUUAAGGACAGAAGCAACUAUAGAAAACGCCUAAAGUAGAGUUGGGGAACCUAUGGCAGUCCAGAUGUUUUUAGUUCCCAUCAACUCCAGCUAGCAGGCCCAAUGAUCAGGUACAGUGGGAGUUUUAGCCCAACAUCUGGAGAUCCAGUUUCCCUACCCUUGGUCUAAAGCAGGAGUGGGCAGAACAUAAUCUCCAGAUGUUUGGGACAUCAACUCCCAACAUGCCUGACCAUUGGGUAAUACUACCAGAGGCUUCUGGGACUUUCUGCCCAGCCCUGCUCUACAGGGUUCUCGGCAGCCAACGAUAUCAAGCUAUUAGAUGUAGCUAUAGGUUUUAGAAGCUGCAAAUUCUGAGUAAGCUGUGCACCACCCUUCUCGCUCUGGAAAUGCCAUUGAGCCUGAUAAGGCCAAGGUGGUGCCCUGCCCUGCAGCUUGAUCAGCAUUAGCUUUCAUAGUGCAGCUAUUUUGUAAUCCUUAUACACAAAUGUGUAAUAUAUACAUGCUAUGAAGUAUUUUAUAAGCAGUUCUAUUUAUUGUAGUAUAUUAAGGAAAAUAUAUUUAUGCAAUUGCUGUUAAAUGUAUUAUUUACUUGGAGAUAUAAUAUGCAAAAUAGAGAGGCUAUAACAUGAGAAAAAGUGUCUUUUUAGUGGACUUGCAAUACAAAAUAAAACAAGGGGAAAAGGUCAGGCUACAACAUAUCUUUAGUAGAAAUAAAGGUGGUAUUGCUUUUUAGAGUUAUUCAUUCUUCCCACAUUCUCUUCGUGUAUCAUUCGAUUAGCUUUUAUAGCUCUGAAGUCUACUUAAUGUAAUUAUAAUGGACGAAGGAUCAUUUUGAAAAUACUUUCUAAUAAAUAAGAUGAUUUCCCCAGUUCA